AUGUUUUGGGCUAAAGCUAUCUGUAAUGUCAAGGCGUGCCCGCCACAACCUACUAUCCCUACAAUACCGCCUCCUCCUUCACUUGCUACAAGACAGUCUGCUGCUUCAACAGGGCCUUCUAACGCUACUACUAUUGGAGGAAGAAAACGUGAAGUUGAAAGUGUUGAAGUGAUGGUUGUCAGCAAUCAGAAGUAUGAUCCAUCUAUGAAUGACUCACAUAUGAAAGUCUUUAAGAGCUUGGUGAAUGACUAUGUAAAAAGCAAAGGAGUGACUUACAAUAAGGAUCUGGUGCACGAUAAGGCUAUUAAUGUUGAUGGCAAAUUUGCGGUUCUCUACACUCUACUGGGUUAUGACUGUAAUAGGGUGAAUAAUUUCGUUCACGGUGCUAAAGGCGAAGCAAACUUUGUCACGGAUAUCAGAGUCAAAUGCCAAGGAAAACCGGAAUUUGUUGUGGUCUGA